GCAAACCCUCGGCCGCCACCCACGCCCAAGCUCCGGGUGGACUCAUCUCUGCCGCCGUCCGCCUGCCCCACCCUCCAGGCCCCGGUCGGCUGCGGGCACACUUCAGUCGGAUGUAGACCGGGGCGCUGAGCUGCCACUGCCAGCCACGACCUGGCUUCUACUUUUGCCAGCUACGAUACGGCGAGCACUCGCGACUUCGGUAUCCAGGAGCCUGUAACGCGGCCGCCCAUUGGCUCAGCUCCGCACUGCUUGGCCGUAGGGCUUUCAAAGGCUUUAAAGAUUGGCUGGAGUUCCAGGCGCCGCGGCCAGUCGGCGGCUGUAAGGAGAAAUAGGAAUAGGAAAGUGGAAUCCAGUACUUAGAAAGAAAGUCUCCUUUGACUCAGGAUUCCAUAGUGGGAUGAUGAAGUUCUUCCUCUGGAGGGGCAGGCUGGAGCGAAGCUGUCCCUAGAGCCUGCGGCCACGGCGAGGGUAACACGCCGCGCAGACGCCGGGAGACCAUGGAGGAUGCGACCAGGACCUUUGGGAAAGGAAGCUGCCCCCCGGGGCCCGUCCCAGAGGGCCUGAUCCGCGUCUACAGUAUGAGGUUCUGCCCCUUUGCGCACAGGACGCGCCUUGUCCUCCGGGCCAAAGGCAUCAGACAUGAAGUAAUCAACAUUAACCUGAGAAACAAGCCUGAAUGGUACUAUACAAAGCACCCUUUUGGCCAAAUUCCUGUCCUGGAGAACAGCAAAUGUCAGUUGAUCUAUGAAUCUGUCAUCGCCUGUGAGUACCUGGAUGAUGCUUAUCCUGGAAGGAAGCUGUAUCCAUAUGACCCUUAUGAGCGGGCUCGCCAGAAGAUGUUAUUGGAGCUAUUCUAUAAGGUCCCACAUUUGACCAAGGAAUGUCUGGUGGCCAUAAGAUGUGGGAGAGAAUGUGCUGAUCUGAAGCUAGCCCUGCGUCAGGAAUUCUGCAACCUUGAAGAGCUUUUACAAAUAGGAAGUCGUCUACCCCUUCAGGAGAAAUGGAAAAUAUUCAUUUGUUUUUUUCACCCACGAUCCAUCACUUUAAAGAUUCUUGGCUAUCAGAACACCGUCUUCUUUGGUGGAGACUGUAUAUCCAUGAUCGAUUACCUCUUUUGGCCCUGGUUUGAGCGGCUGGAUGUGUAUGGAAUAGCUGACUGUUUGAACCACACGCCAGCUCUCCAGCUCUGGACAGCAGCCAUGAAGCAGGACCCCACAGUGUGCGCCCUUCUCAUAGAUAGGAGCAUUUUCCUGGGCUUCUUGAAUCUUUAUUUUCAGAACAACCCUGAUGCUUUUGAUUAUGGGCUAACUUGCUGAGUCUCAGUCUCCCCCCUCACAUCCAGAAUUCCCAAGCACGUCGUGACUCUACAUCAGGGAUUGUUUUGGUGGGUCAAUCAAUCUCUGUUCAUUUUCUUUGAGGUUCUCAAUAAACGUGGAGACAGAAAAUGUA